AUGGCAAAUAGGAAAUUACAAACCGAGAUCGAUCGUGUUCUUAAGAAAGUGGCGGAAGGAGUAGAAACAUUUGAGGGCAUUUUCGACAAAAUUCAAGCAGCAACCAAUUCUAAUCAAAAAGAGAAGCUAGAACAAGAUUUGAAGAAGGAAAUUAAAAAACUUCAAAGAAAUCGGGAUCAAAUAAAAACAUGGAUUUCAUCAAAUGAUAUAAAAGAUAAACGGGCACUUACUGAAAACAGGCGCUUGAUAGAACAGCAAAUGGAAAAAUUCAAAGCAUGCGAGAAAGAGAUGAAGACAAAGGCUUACUCCAAGGAAGGUCUACAGCAGUCAACAAAAAUGGAUCCAAAAGAGAAAGAAAAAAUGGAAACCUGUGAAUGGGUAGCAAAUCAAAUUGAUGCCCUAAGUACUCAAAUCGAAGCUGCUGAGGCUGAAGUAGAACAAUUACAAAGUGUUGUGAAAAAAGGUCGGAAGGAUUCUCAAAAAGUUGAACGAUUGGGUGAAGUGGAGAAUAUGAUAGAAAGACAUAAAUGGCACGUCAAUCGUUUAGAAUUAAUAUUGCGGCUAUUAGAAAAUGGUAACAUUCCCCCAGAAAAGGUUAUUCAAAUUCAAGAGGAUAUUAAGUAUUAUAUUGAAAGUAAUCAAGAUCCUGACUUUUCUGAAUUUGAAAACAUAUAUGAUGAAUUGAAUCUUGAAGAGGAGGAGGAGUUAUGGGGUAUCACAAAUGACGAUCAUCAUAGUAGUCAUGACUCUGUGACCGAUGGAGGUGUUUCAUAUACAGAACCAAGGACACCACAAAAAGAGGCAAGGAUCUUAAUAUUUAGAUGUAACAUAACAAUACUAUCAAGUCCUUCAACUUCACCAACAUCAAGAAUUGAAAGAAUUGUUCCUAAAACUACAGUUCCUGCUCCAUCAAUAAAUAAUAGCACUGUUUUUGACACAGCUCCUCGACUAAAGGAAGAAGUUGCACCACCUUCUACUACAGUACAAAACCGUACUAUAGCAUCGGUAGCGCCAAAGCAAGAUGUUUCACAUAAUUUCGCUGAAAUAAAUAAACAACAGUUUUCUCAACAAACAAAUGAUAUUCAGCAAAUUCAAACACAAAUACCAAUAAUUCAACAGCAAGUCAAUCCUCAAUCACAAGCGCAAACUCGCGAGAGUAUACCUGGAACGCCAACUGCAACCAUACAGCCUAUACAACCUCCAGCAGAUUCUAGCGCGUCUGAACAUGCUAAACAAGAAAAUUCUUCCAAUCAGGAAUCAACUACUUCAGAAAAUCGUAUACCGGCUGCACUUACAGAUUUAGUACGCUCAUUUGAGGCAGCCGAAGAGAAAUUUUUGAGUAAGGAAGAUGGAUAUCAUACCCAACAAAUGCUUGAGGCCAGUCUUCAAUACGUACCAGAAAGUUUGGAUUCCGAAAGGCCCAAAUAUUAUGCACCACGAAAUCCAUGUCACACAUCGACAUUCUAUCCACAGAAUCCACCAAAUAUAUUUGAUAAUCCAGCGUUAUUCGAGAAGUUUGAUCUUGAUACACUCUUUUUUAUAUUUUAUUAUCAGCAAGGAACCUAUCAACAAUAUCUUGCCGCUAGAGAAUUAAAGAAGCAGUCAUGGAGAUUUCAUAAAAAAUACUUAACAUGGUUCCAAAGGCAUGAAGAACCAAAGGCAAUUACUGAUGAAUAUGAACAAGGUACAUAUAUUUAUUUUGAUUAUGAAGGUGCUUGGUGCCAACGUAAGAAGACGGAAUUUAGAUUCGAAUAUCGAUUUUUGGAAGAUGCAGAAUUGAUAUAA